GAGAGAGAGGCGAUUGGGUUGAGGAGGAGGGGGGCUACGGACAAGGGAAGAGUGGGCAGGAGUUGUCAGCCGUUGCGUUCUCUGCGGUCGCGACGAGGAUUUUGGAGCGACUUCGCUUUGUUGAUCUCGUUGCGUUGUGGGGAUAUUAGAGGGAGAAAGCGAGAGGGCGGAGCGAGGGACUUCGAGCGGGGCAAAGGGGCAGACGGAGCGGGAGGAAGGAGCGUUCAAAAGGGUAGAGUAGAGGAGGUUUCUAGGGAGAGAAAAAUGGUGUUCGAGGUGUUGAAGGGAGAGGAGAUGGAAUGGCCGGCGUAUUUGGACGAGUACGAGAAGCUCGUCAUCCGGAUGAAUACUCCUAGGGUGGUCAUCGACAAUGCCGUCUGCCCCACUGCGACUCUCAUCCAGGUCGACAGCGCGAGGAAGCACGGGGUCCUCCUGGAGGCCGUCCAGGUCCUGACCGACCUCAAUCUCUCCAUCAAGAAGGCCUACUUCUCCUCCGACGGCCGCUGGUUCAUGGACGUCUUCUACGUUACCGACCAGUUCGGCCGCAAGCUCACCGACGACAGCGUCCUCUCCUAUAUCGAACAGUCUUUGGCGAGUGGGAAUACCCCCAAGGCCUCCGGCUGCCGCGCCGGCGACGGCCUGAUGGCGCUGGAGCUCACCGGCACGGACCGGCCGGGGCUCCUCUCGGAGGUCUUCGCGGUGCUCGCCGAGCUUCAGUGCGGGGUGGUGGAGGCCAAGGUCUGGACCCACAACGGCCGGAUCGCGUGCCUCCUCUUCGUUCGGGACGAGGGCUCCGGUGAGCCCAUCGUGGACGCCCACCGGAUACAUCGCGUCGAAUCCCGCCUCCGCCACGUCCUCAAGGGCGACCACGGGGUCCGCGGCGCCAAGGCCGCCGUCUCCUCCCUCGCGGUCGCCCACACCGACCGCCGCCUCCACCAGUUGAUGUUCGCCGACCGCGACUACGAGCACACGUCCCCGUCUCCGGCGGCGCCGCCGCCCUCCGUCUCCGUCCAGAACUGGGUGGAGAGGGGCUACUCCGUCGUCACCGUCCAGUGCCUGGACCGCCCCAAGCUACUGUUCGACGUUGUCUGCACUCUUACAGAUAUGGAGUACGUCGUGUUCCAUGGAACCAUUGACACUGAUGGCGAUCGAGCUCACCAGGAGUUCUAUACAAGGCACAAAGAUGGGAGUCCAAUCAGCUCAGAAGCAGAGAGACAGCGAGUGAUCCAAUGCUUGCAAGCCGCCAUUGAGAGGAGAGCAUCAGAGGGUUUGAGAGUAGAGCUGUGCGCCGUUGAUCAGCCAGGGCUGCUCUCCGAUGUCACCCGGACAUUCCGGGAGAACGGGCUGUUGGUGACGAGAGCAGAGGUAUUGACAAAGGGCCAAAUGGCUUCAAAUGUAUUCUAUGUGACCGAUGCCACCGGGCAGCCGGCAGAUCAUGAUGCAAUUGAGGCUGUGCGGCAGAGGAUUGGGAUUGACACAGCUUGUCUUAAGGUGGAAGAGGAGCAGUGGCUGCAGGUCCACCGGAAGGCAGCAGCGCGCAGGGAGGAGGUUCAGAGUGGUGGUGGUUUAGGGCUGUUCUAUCUGGGGAAUCUAGUGAUGAGGAAUCUGUACAAUUUGGGGUUGAUUAGAUCUUGCUCUUAGGUCCUGUCUUCCAUUGGUUGUGCAUCUUUGUAUCAUAUUAUACCUUGCUUUCAAUUGGCUUUGUAGAUAACGCAAGGAAGGGAAGAAGUACAGAACAUGAUCUGGUGGAGUAUAAUUGGUAUACAGUUCAGGGCCCAGGGAUGUUUGGGUGUAAAUGGGCAUAAGGGACCAUUCAGACUAGUAUGUUCGAAGAGAGAACAAAACAAGAGAGAGUUGGAUUGGUUGUGGAUGGGGUCUUGGUUGCUGCUUUUGGGUUUGAAUGUUGCUGGUUGGAGGCCAUUUGGUGGGAGCUAGUUGGUGGUGGUGAAUUGGUGGAUUUCCAGCUUGGAAGGAUUGGUGUGGUUUGUUCUUUUUUUCUGUUUGUUUCUUUUCUUUUGGGUGACACACUUUGUACACAAGCCAUUGAUGUUUAGUACCAAUGUUUGACUGCAUGAUCUGAUUUCA